UAUUUAACAGGUUUGUCGUGGUGGAUCCGUAAGCUUGUGAAGCUGUUCAAAAUCAGCCCUAUAGAAGAGUACAUCGUCAACGGGAACCAAAUAACCUACCGACAGUACACCAAUCAGCAAAGGCCGUCGGUUGACAUGACUCUAACUCUUGGCCAACCACAGAACAUCUCCAUGCGGGGUUUGGGAACCUUUGAGACUGUGGUAAGCUUGGACGAGUACGGCCGACUUGUGACACGGACGAAGAAAGCAAGUGGCGAAAUGGUAACCACCGGUCGUAUCGACAGCCAGGGACAGCUGGAGCUGUCAAUACUUCUCCCAACGGGCAAAACUUGCAGGCGUGUUUUGAAGAGGGUGCAGUGAUGUGUACCAAGACUUAUCAUCAGCAUCUAAUUUGGUGAAAUUCUAUAAAUCCGCUGUGUUCCAUAAUUGCACUAUUCCAAAUACUGACGUAUGCAAUGAGACGAACAUGGACAGAUAUUGAUUGUGUGAAUGAAGACCUAAUUUGCAUGAUAAAUGAGAAAAUACUAGUGGUUAUUACUGGAAACUGCCAGGAAUUUCAUACUUGUUUCAUUUAGAAGUUAGUGGGAGGUGAACAUCAUCAAACACAAAUUAUUGAAAUCUUACAUCAUUUGCAUAAUUCGAAAGGAAAUAGUUUUCUUUGUUAAGAUGAACUGUCAUUGGGUGGGGAAUAUGACCACCCGAAAUAACUCUUGCCACCGGGGAUCUUAUUUGCCAUGAGUAAUAAAAGUUAACAUCAUUUGGCGAAGGAACACUAUUACUACGACAUGUACUACUAACUAUUUAUUCAUUUAUUCAUUUAUCUAUUACUCCUACUACCAGUACUACUAUAUGAUAUCGUGGUACAAAUGUACUCUAGUUGAUGUAAUUGGUUCUGCUCUAAGCUUUUGUCCAAUACACAUGUUAUAUUUAGCAAAGGGCUAUACCCAUUCAUGCAAAUAGAUAAUAAUGAUAUGAAGGUUAAAACCUUUCUGCAACGAGAAUUUCUUAAUGUUAUCGUGUUUGCACUAACUUUCAGUUCAACCCUCCCGAUCAUUAUUCUCUAUCCGAUCAACAGCAAAUAUUGUGGUUUAACUGAAAUUUUAAAAAUGACGGCAAAAAACCCUUUGUAUGGACAGACCUCCUCGACAGAGGUGUCUUGUUUGCCGAGAGGACGUACUAGGCAUCAAUGGGAAGCCCCUGUCUUAUGAUUUGUUUGCUAAGAAAUUUACAUAUGUUUGUUCCAAAUACUCUUAUAAUAUGUUAGUUUUUGCGAUCUCCCGCAAUGGUUCUAUGAGGGCGUAAUGCAGAGGCGCGCACUUGCAGGUGUGCAGGCCUAUUUUAAAGAAUUACCAAUGGUUGACAGGUUGUAAAAUUAACAAAUCUAAAAAGAUGUAUAAUCAUUUCUUGAAGCCCUUUAUAACAAAUCCAGUUAAAAUCAUGUCAUAAUGGGAAGAUGAUUUCAAUGAAGUCAUACCAUGGAAAGAAGUGUUUAUUUUACCAUACAGACUUGUAAUGGAUACCCAAACCAGAAUAUUUCAAUUUAAAUUACUUCAUAAAUUCUUAGCCACAAACAAGAAAUUGUAUCUCUGGAACAUUAAAAACUCGCCAAAUUCUCUUUGUGCGGCGAGGAGGAAGAAACACAUCUUUUGGAACUGCUCUUAAGUCAUGUAUAUUUGGGAAUCUGUUCAUGACUGGUUCCAGGACAAACGAAUCUGCAACUAAAUGGAUUCAACAUAGUGUUUGGGGAUCUGAAUGAUCAAUGCUCUGCCAUUUCCAAUUUAAUCAUGCUGUUAGGAAAAAUGCACAUUUUCAAAAAUUGCCAGGGAAUGGCAAAAUUGUCGAAAUUUGUAUCUUUUGUCAAAUAUAUUCAUGCGAUUUGAAGAUUAAUAUUGCAAGAAGAAGAGGGGAAGUAUCAAAACACAUGGAUAAGUUGAGGAAAUUGUACUCUGCAUUUGAGUAGAUAAUUUAGCUAUGGGUUUAGCGUUUUCUUCUGUACUCUAACAUAAUUAUGGCUUCCCAAACCACGAAUGAAACCAUAUUGUUUUGCUGAUGAUUCUUCUUCUUCUCCUGCCAUUUCUUUAAAUGGAUUCAACUUCUUCAU